GUUGCCCAGGCGAUGGGAGUGGUCUUGCGCGCGCGCGAGCCGCUUCCCACCCGGAAAUGGGGGCCAGUCGCGUGCGAUGGGAGCUGGCAAAUUUGAGCCUGCUUCUUACCUAUAUACUAUGAAAAGCUACUGGAACGACUGACUGUUAAAGUUGUUCCAAGUAUGGCUUGCAGAAGAAUAGGAGAUCAGGAGCAGUCUCUUGCUACUGCUUUCUCUGUUGUUAACUGUGGGAGACCCCCAGCAUGGGGCAUUCGAACGCACAGUAUAUGCAUGGUAUCUGACUUUUUUUAUCCAAACAUGGGAGGAGUGGAAAGUCACAUCUACCAACUGUCACAGUGCCUGAUUGAAAGAGGGCACAAAGUUAUAAUUGUCACUCAUGCGUAUGGAAGUCGAAAAGGCAUUCGUUAUCUCACCAAUGGUCUGAAGGUCUAUUACUUACCUUUGAAGGUCAUGUACAAUCAAUCUACUGCAACAACACUCUUCCACAGUCUGCCUUUGCUCAGGUACAUCUUUGUGCGAGAGAGAGUCACCAUAAUCCACUCUCAUAGUUCAUUUUCUGCCAUGGCUCAUGAUGCACUCUUUCACGCCAAGACAAUGGGCUUACGGACAGUUUUUACAGACCAUUCUCUCUUUGGAUUUGCUGAUGUCAGUUCAAUACUUACAAACAAACUCCUAACGGUGUCACUGUGCGAUACAAAUCACAUCAUUUGUGUCUCUUACACUAGCAAGGAAAAUACUGUACUAAGAGCAGCACUGGAUCCUGAGAUCGUGUCUGUCAUCCCCAACGCUGUAGACCCUACUGACUUAACUCCAGACCCGUCCAGAAGGGAUAAUAGCACAACAACUAUUGUUGUUGUCAGCAGGCUUGUUUACAGGAAAGGUAUAGACUUGCUUAGUGGUAUAAUUCCUGAACUUUGUCAGAAAUAUCCAGACUUAAAUUUUUUAGUUGGAGGAGAAGGACCAAAACGAAUUGUUUUGGAAGAAGUACGUGAAAGAUACCAACUUCACGACAGAGUGCGUCUUCUAGGGGCUUUGGAACAUCAGGAUGUUAGAAAUGUCUUGGUUCAGGGUCACAUUUUUCUCAACACUUCUCUCACUGAAGCCUUCUGUAUGGCAAUUGUGGAAGCAGCCAGCUGUGGUUUACAGGUGGUGAGUACGAGAGUUGGUGGAAUCCCAGAAGUGCUACCAGAAGAUCUUAUUAUCUUAUGUGAGCCCUCAGUGAAGUCGCUGUGUGAUGGCUUGGAAAAAGCUAUGCUGCAGCUGAGAUCAGGAACAUCAUUAGCCCCAGAAAUUAUUCAUAACAAAGUGAAGACAUUCUAUACCUGGAGGAAUGUUGCAGCAAGAACUGAGAAAGUAUAUGACAGAGUUGCAGAUGAAACGGUAUUACCAAUGGACAAGCGGCUUGACAGACUAAUCACUCAUUGUGGCUCAGUAACUGGGUAUAUUUUUGCUCUGUUUGCUGUGUUAAAUUUUCUCUUUCUGGUAUUUCUGAGGUGGAUGACUCCAGAUUCCAUUAUUGAAGCUGCAAGAGAUGCCACAGGUCCUAAUGGAGUAUGGACUAAACAGUAUUUUCAUAAUCAAAAAAGAAAAGAAAAAGAGAAUUCAAACUGUUAAAAUGUUUGUAAAGUGGGGAAGAAGGGUAUUGGUGUCUAAAUAAGUUUUUAAUAGUUGCUAAUAGAAUUAAUUCUACAAAGAGACAUUAUUUUUAAGCUCUUAACUUUCCUAAAUUGUUGGAAAGGAACCUGAUGAAAUGUACUACCUCAAUUUAGGAUAGUAAAAACUAGUUGUGGACUUAUGCAAAUAUCUAGAUACAGCUUUUUUGCACUUAGUUGGGCGAACAAUGGGAAUUGGUGCAUCUCAGGUGUAAAACUUCUUACGAGACACAAGAAUAUAAGAUUUUUCUCUUCCCAGAGUACUACUCUUUCUAUGAACUGACAAAUGUAUGGCACCUGGGGUGCUAAAACACAAAUGCAGUAGCUUAAGAUGGUCUCUGCCAAUUCCUGUUAGGACUAAUAAAUUUAUAGAGAUAAGAGGAAUUGGCAGGACUUGAAAGGGGGGGGUGGGAAAAAGCACUGCCCAAAUCAAUCAGCAGCUGAAAAUGAGAUGUGAAAUCAUAUCUAUAGAAUGUGACACAAAACAAGCAUGUUACCCCAUCCGCUUUCAACAUUCAGUGUGACGAGUGCCCGCAGUAGUUCUCCCAGACCAUGUCUGGAGACGGCUCCUACCUGCACGCACAGAACUAUUUUGCAAUGAUUCUUCAGUACUCUGCCUAAAUUUGAUCAGUAUCUCUUGGAUAUAUCAAGGAUCCAUAACUGGUUUUCCUAUUUUAGAAAACGCUAAAUACUUUAGACAAGGAAUAACCUAAGCAGUUAAAAUUAUGGCUUUUUCUUGUUCACAGCUAUCAUAUGAAUGAGAGAACUGUGCCAGUUCCUAACAUAAUAUAAAGAGACAGCCUUUCCAAAAUAGCUCAGGCCUGUAGACUCUGAGUAGACUGUGCCAAAAUGCGUGGCAAAAUGCAAGAUAGAGAAGAAACAUCCACUAAGGGCUAGAUAAAGACCAUCAUAAUUUUUUUUAUUCAUAAUCUAAAUGACAUUUGAAUUUAUCUUCAGAAGGGAAAGUGUUAAAAGGUUGUCACAUCACUUAGACCACACCAAAGAUGAUUUAAAAUUUACACAGCACACUGAAUUUUUCUCUGUUAUUCAUGAACAGAAAAAUAUAAUAUGCUAAGUACAUCUCCUGGCUGUUCCCAUUACUUGCUGUGAGUUCAGAUCCUUCAUAUUUAUUGAUUAGCUAGCCUUAAUCUCCCUGAGUAGUUUGCAUCUCUGUAAGAAACAACUUUGAAUGUGUAAGAAGAGAGAGGAUGAGUGUGAUUUUUAUAUUCAUGUAAAACAGCUCUCAAUGCACUCUGUCAAAUGCACUGGAUUAAUUUUAUUGCAAUAGCAUUGUUUGUAAACUGAAAAGGUUUUAUGAGUUUGUGAACAAUGAUAUGCAGACAGAUAUUUGUAUUUGGAUGUGCAAUAUACAAAGAUUUAUUUUUAAACUUAGCAGGGUAUAACUUAAAACAUGCAUCCUGUUAUACACAUAGCAUCUACAUUUUAAGAUUAAUCUUGUGUUGAGGUGCAAAGGUGAUGGUGAUUUAUCUUUUUACUAAAUACUGAAUUGAAAGUAUUUUAAUGAAAUACUGAAAGGAUGAUGAGAUUCCUUGUUUACAAAGUCUAGUGUCAGGUUUACCAUUAGAAAAAAUGGUCAGAUGUAAUGCUACACUGAUCGCUGGGAACUACCCUGGGGCUGGACAGCAGGAAGCUGCAUCCACACUGCCAAUGUUUCCCAGCUCCUCACUGGUUGGAAGCUGCGCCCAUGCUACAGCUGGUGAGGAGGAGAAGUGAUGGCAGUGGUGUGGGCAUAGGUCCUUGCUCCAAGCCUCAGUAUGGGCACAAACAAAACCCUCCGACUCUAGGGGCCAUAUGUUGCUGAUCCUUGAAUUAAGUUAAUAUUUUAUUAAGAAAAACACCAUACUUUUUAAAAUCUGGUGCACUUUUUUUAUAAGAACUUCUUAAAAAUGAAUGCCAUUUCACAUUCAUUUUAUAGUGUAUUUUUUUUUAAAUAGUAUUAUGUUGAUUUCAGUUAUUUAACUUUUCUCUUGAUUGCCAACAAAGUAUAGAAAUUCCAUGCAAAUCACAUACAACUUGAAUGGGAGGGUAGUCGAAACAAUAUUUAAACUAUAUAAACUUCCUUGUGCCAGAGUAUUACUCACAUUUAAUCCAAGGAGGCCUUUUCAUAGUUUUGCAUAAUUUACAGGUUACUUAAAUAUGUUUUACUUUGCAAUUUAAUGCACUGAUGCUUUUACCUAAAAUGGACCCACAAAACACUAGCAAAUACAGAAACUUAAUGAACUGCUGCUGCUGCUGCUUACUCUUCUAGCAAUGAAAAUAGAACUUUGUGUGGUAAAGAAUGCUGUGAGGGAAAUAAUUUGAACAGUUGCAAACGAAGUUAUUUGUAUAAGUAGCUCAGUUACAACUGUACCAGGUUUCAGAGACUGUAUUUUAUAAUACCCUUUUGUUGCCUGAUCCUUCUCUUCCUGCUGUUUUUUCCCUCUUUUUAGCCCUGAUCCUGCAAACACAAAUAUGACGACUUGUUUCACUGAACUCAUUUGGUCAGCUCUCCUGUAUAAAAUGAAUCACACAAGUAAAUGCUUGAAGGAUUGAGGUCUGGACCUGCAGUAUGUAAAUCUGAUGAGUAAAUGCAAAAGGUUGUGAUGGCACUGCCUUUGACAGUUGUUCAUCAGGCAGCAGUGAUGGAAAUGGGGGAAAGAGAAUGUUUGAGGCUGUAGAGACAGAACUUAAGGCACAAAAUAUCAGCAGAUAUACAGAUUUCUUGGGUAAAUGCUAGUAUUAAAAUAAACACCAAUAAUAAGGCAACUUUUGAAAUUUUAAAAAUCUGAAAAUACUUUCAUCUAGGAGAUGUAAAAUAUCAGGAAAAUAUUACCAAGCAAUGAAUUUCUCACUUGUGUGGUGCAAAUUUUAGGGUGAGAAACUUUUAAUGUGACAAUUGAUGGAAAAAUACUUUGCUACUCUUGAUGUAAAGGUUCAUUCAGAGUAGGAAAAGUAAUUUGAUUUAUUUCCUUAUUUCAAGAUGAUGAGAACCAUAAAUUUCUCUGUAAUGAGAUUCGAUUCCAUAGCACAUCCUGUGCCUAUACACUGUGUGCGCAGACACUGUGAAUUUAUAUAUAAACAGCAUGUUUAUUGAAAGUGACCUGUUAAGAUUAGAACAAAUAUCAAGUCCAGUGUGAGUGUCUCCAUAUUGUCAGAUGCAUUAUUCAGCUCGUUUUUUUAAUGAUGCAGAUGGCUCUAUAAAUGCAUAGUAAAUUGUAACGUAAUCAUUUUUCUUGUGGUCAGGCAUUUCUGUAUGUCUCUUUUCUUAAAUAUCUUUUUUUCCCUUUUGGUACUAGUUCAGUUACUAUUUCCCCUUUGUUUGUGUCAUCUAAUUAAGGAUUUGUUGGUUUGUUUCCCACUAUCAAAAGUGUUUUAUUUUUUUAAAUAAACAAUAAAAUGAAUGGCAGAAUUUCAGAGGA